AUUGUUUUGAUGUUUUCCACCUCUUUCUAUGGAAUACAUUUUUAAAAUGAUACUUUCGUCUACAAAUAGGUUAUAACUAGAGGAGAACUGCAACGUUGCGACUCAUUCCCUCAUCUAAUACCGUUUUUAAGAAGCGAUAAAGAACAAGUUGAUGUUAUCGUUUAUUUCGUUAAAAAGUGCAAAUUUUAAAUCGAUGAAUCUCGAAUUUUUGGAUAACGCUUUCGAUAUGGUAUCAUCCGGGAUACAAUGGAUAAGAACAUUAAUUUUAUCGUUCGUUGCCGCAGCGAUAGAUUUAGCAAUAAUGGGUUGGCUAAUAACUUAUUACACGGCGGAAACGAUUAUUUUAACGUUUACCCCAACCUUUUUACGCAAACAACGCAGUUUAAGAGGGAAAGUUAUCGUUUUAACUGGUGGUGCAGGAGGAGUAGGUCAAGAAUUAGCCUUGAGAUUAGCGAGGAACCAAGCUAAAGUCGUUAUUUGGGAUGUUAAUGAAAAAGGUAUGAACGAAAUAAAGGAAAAAAUUGAAAAUGAAGGCCACCAAGUUCAUGUAUACACGGUGGAUGUAACCGAUCGUAAAAGUGUUUAUAAAAACGCCGAUUUAGUUAAAAGCGAAGUUGGGGUGGUUGAUAUUUUAAUUAAUAAUGCAGGGAUUGUUUGUGGGAACACAUGUUUAGACAUCCCUGAUUAUAUGGUAGAAAAAACGUUCCAAGUUAACAUCUUAUCGCAAUAUUGGACCGUCAAAGCAUUUUUAGGGGAUAUGAUUAAAAAUGGAAAAGGUCACAUCGUCACCGUUAGUAGCUUAACGGGGAUGUUGGGCACUUAUAAAUGCACGGAUUAUAGCGCUAGUAAACACGCAACGAUUGGUUUUCAUGAAAGUUUAUUAACCGAGUUGAAGACUCAUGGUCAAAAAGGGAUUAAUAUGACGAUUGUUUGCCCCUAUUUUAUUAAUACAGGAAUGUUUAAUGGGUGUAAACCCAAAAAUAUGGCUAUGUUGGAGCCUAGGGAUGUUGCAAAGCGGAUUAUAACCGCCAUAAAAUUGAAGGAGGUUUUUGUUACGAUGCCGUGGUGGGCUCGAUUUAUUCUACCCCUCAAAAAUUUUAUCCCUGCGAAAUUGAGUUGGGCCAUUAUUUACCGAUUAAUUAAAGGGCCGCAAUCGAUGAUGGGAAUGAGAGCCUUCCAAGAAACCGAAGCUGCUUAAUAAAAAUCUUUACAAAUAGUUUUAAAAUAUUUUUUUGUUAUUGUAUUAUUGUAAUAUUAAAGUUUUUUU